AUGGUUGAGGAAAUGAGAGCAAAGUGGUGUGAAGAUUUAGAGGAGCUACUUCAAUGUCCUGUUUGUUUUGAACGACCCGAGUCUCCAGUUAAACAAUGUGAACGCGGACAUCAUAUUUGCAACGUCUGCAAAGACUUAAUAACGGAAUGUCCUUUGUGCAAAUCUAGAUUCUCAAAUGCCAGAAGCUAUCUUGCUGAAGAAUUAUCAAUAAAACUUGAUGACAUAAAGCUUUCAUUGCUACAUCCAAUGCAUAGCCUCAACAACAGAGGUCGAAACAGUGUAGGAUCACAAACUGAAACCAAUGUGGUAAUUGCAAAAAAUGGAUCCAAGAUAACCAAGCGAGCUCCUCCCGAAGCUCCCAAGGGAAAGUUUCCAUGUCGCAUCGGAACCUGUGUAGAAACAUUGCCACAUGGUCGAAUGAUUCCACACAUUCGUUUUUAUCACAAAAAUAAAUUUCAUGAGUCUAACUGCACUUCUGAAAACAUGUAUCAGCAAGUAUGGGAAAUGGAGUAUUAUAAAAAUGUAAAGUAUGACUUGGCUAUUCGAGUUGCGGAGAUGGGAUUAUUCUUCAUGCACAUCAAGAUAGACGACAAUGGUGAUUUGUUUGGAGUUGUACAGAUCGUGGGCACUAAUUAUAUCGGCAAAGAGUUUAAUUAUGAACUCAAGAUUAUGAGUAGCAAAAGAAUAAGCAUCUUCAAAGACAAAGUACGCUCCUGUGUUACAAGUCCGAUGUCCCUUUUUGAAAACAUAGACUGCCUGUCCAUUAACCAUAAGGACAUGACUCGCAUGAUAGCUGGCAGCGAUACCUUCACAUGUAUCAUGAUUUUGACUCGUCUGCCAUAA